AUGGGCUCAGCAUCAAGCUUCGCCAAGACCAUCGUCAUCCCAGCUGCAAUCUCCCUGGCGCUCUACCUUCUCUUGUCGUUCCUUAUAAUCCCUUUCUUCCGUCGCUAUCACCAACGAUAUUCACAAUAUCUUCCCUUACACACCAUCUCGGCACAUACCUCUACACUACGGGACCGUAUCGCUGAUGCAAUGAUGCGUCUAUUCCUACCGGCAGCAUGGCGACAACAAGCACGGUUUGACGACCAACACGAUAACAUUAGUAUCUUUGACGAAGAAGGAGAGAUCAUGGUCGGGAUGGAUAUGGAUCCUGCACGAAGGGAGGCCCUGGAACGACGGCGCAGUACUGUUGCCGAGGCAGAAAGUCGACUCAGUCGUGAGCUAGAAGAAGGGUUUAUGGACGACAGUGAUGAAGAGGGAGAUGGUCGACAAGGUUCAAGAGGGCAUUGA